AUGAGUGUGGGAAGGGCCCACCACCACAGCUUCGUGUCCUGUGAAGAACAAGGCCUGCGACUGGGGACCAUGCCCGCCGUGGGCAACUUUGGCAAUUGCAAGAUUCACACGAGACGCAAAUGCCAUGGGCGGUUUGUCACCAAGAGUGGCCAUUGCAACAUCCAUUCCUCAAACAUGGAUGAGAAGUCGCAGCGAUUCAUAUCGGACAUUUUUACAACUUGUGUGGACAUCCGCUGGCGGUACAUGUUCCUGCUGUUCAGCCUGGUGUUUGUGGUGUCGUGGUUAACGUUCGGCUUGGCAUUCUGGGUCAUCGGCCUCCUGCAUGGGGACAUGGACCAUCCCGCAGGAGACGACAGUUUUGUUCCUUGUGUCCUGCAGGUCAACACCUUUGUGGCAGCUUUCCUGUUCUCUAUUGAGACCCAGACGACCAUUGGGUAUGGCGCUCGUUGUGUGACGGAGGAAUGCCCCGCCGCCGUCUUCAUGGUGGUCUUUCAGUCCAUCAUGGGCUGCAUCAUCGACGCCUUCAUGAUUGGUGCUAUCAUGGCCAAGAUGGCGAGGCCAAAGAAGCGCGCCGAGACUCUACUGUUCAGCCACCACGCAGUCAUCGCUCUACGUGACGGGAAGCUGUGCCUCUUGUUCCGAGUCGCUAACCUGAGGAAGAGCCACAUCGUGGAGGCUCACGUGCGCGCCCAGCUCGUCAAGCACCGGUACACAGUGGAGGGCGAGUACAUCCCCCUGGACCAGAUCGACAUGAACGUGGGCUACGACAAAGGCACAGACCGCCUCUUCCUGGUCGCACCCCUCACUGUCAUACAUGAGAUCGAUGAAGAGAGUCCACUGUUUGGCAUCAGUAAGCAGGAUCUGGAGACGUCUGACUUUGAGAUAGUGAUCAUACUGGAGGGGAUGGUGGAGGCCACGGCCAUGACGACGCAGGCGCGCUCCUCCUACCUGUCCUCUGAGAUUUUGUGGGGUCACCGCUUUGAGCCGGUCAUCUUCGAAGAGAAGAACCAGUACCGGAUAGAUUACGCCUACUUCAACAAAACAUUCGAAGUGCCCUCCACCCCGAGAUGCAGCGCCAAGGAAAUGGAGCAGAGGAAAUUCCCGACCUCGGGGGCCAACUCCUUCUGCUAUGAGAACGAGCUGGCCUUCAUCGGCAGGGAUGAGGAGGACGAGGGCGAUGUAGAGAAAGAGGAAGUCAGGAAGUAUUCAUCCGAACUGGGUAAUGCAGUUGUCAUGUGA